AUGGACCCGGGUCGCAGAGCUAUGAUUAACUCUGGGCGCAGAUCCCCCAGUCGCAGAGACCGUGAACGCGAAAGAAGCAUCGCCUCCCCCCGGCGCGACUCCAACAAUCGCAUCUCAAAGCCCUCCAAUCCUCCCCCGUCUUCGAGGUCACGUCAGAAUAACAACAACAACACGAGCUCGAGCUACAUGACCCAGGACGAGCAGUCCCGCCAGUUUGUAGCCGACGAAGACAAGUUCGUCUUGAAACAGGCCAAGAAGAAGGCAGACAUUCGGGUUCGGGAAGGCCGUGCCAAGCCAAUUGAUCUCCUCGCAUUCAAUCUGCGCUUUAUCGAUACCGAUCGCGACGUAUUCGACGACGACGAUGCCGACCUGCAUCUCAGCGUCCCCUCUCCAGAGGACGUCUUGCAGGGCCUCGACGAAUCACAGCUGAAAGAGCUGGAUUCUGACAUGACGUCCUACCACACCCUCGAGACCAACGGCCGUAACCGCGAAUAUUGGAAGUCGUUGCAAACAAUCUGUGCAGACAGGCGGCAGAAACUGAAACCCCAGGGCCCAGACGCUCGGGUCGUCAGCACAGUGUCAGACGACGUCGACAAGAUCCUGCGCCCCAAGACCUACGAGCAGCUUGAGGCCCUCGAGUCCCAGAUCAAGGCAAAGCUUCGCUCCAACGACGACAUCGAUGUCGACUACUGGGAGCAGCUUCUGCGCAGCCUGCUUGUCUGGAAGGCCAAGGCGAAGCUCAGGAAGGUGUGCGAGGCAAUCAGCGAGAGCAAGGCCGACAUGCUCAAGCUGCAGGAUCCUGACAAGGCAAAGGCUCUGGGGCAGCAGGCCCUGCAAGCCGAGUCUAUUUCCGGACCUGCAGCAGUCAGGAACAUGUCAUCUGAGCCUGUUAGGGCCGAAACAAAGGCAGUGUCUGUUUCAUCAGCACUCCAGGGUGGCGCGCCACCAGGAACGGCUCGCUUUGCGCAGACCGGCAACGAAGACUUCUCCCAGGCUACCAAGGCUCUCUAUGACCGCGAGGUCGCUCGUGGCAUCGGCGAAGACGAAGAGAUUUUCACGGCCGAGGAGACUGUGCCGAGUGGCUCGAAGCCCCAGUGGGCAGACAAGCACCGGCCGAGAAAGCCCAAGUACUUCAACCGUGUUCAGAUGGGCUACGAAUGGAACAAGUACAACCAGACUCAUUACGACCACGACAACCCGCCGCCCAAGGUCGUUCAGGGCUACAAGUUCAACAUCUUCUACCCUGAGCUGAUCGACAAGACCAAGGCACCCACCUUCAAGAUUAUUCGAGAACACGGCCGGAAAAGGGGAGAGUCCUUUGCAGCUGCAGGGGAGGAGGACACGUGCCUCAUCCGUUUCAUUGCGGGACCUCCGUACGAAGACAUUGCAUUCCGAAUCGUGGACAGAGAGUGGGAUUACAGUGCAAAGAAGGAUCGCGGCUUCAAGAGCUCUUUCGACAAGGUGAGUGUUGUGGCGUUCCCUACACUGUCUACACGUGGUGUCCCAGGCGCCCUUUCACUCCUGGCGGAGUCGUCUUGCAUAUGCGAGAGAGCCACAAGGGGGGAUGAGGAAGGGGAGAAGGGGGAGGGGAUGCUGCCAAAGAGCGCCCGCAGGACGGCGUUUCUUUUUCCAACUCCUCUUCUUUCCCUUCUAGCCCCCAACCUCCAUGCAGUUGGAGGAACCGACCCUCCUUGA